UUACAUUUAACAUUGGAAACCACCUGUUUUCCCUCUUUAAUUAUUUUUUCUUUCGCAUUCUUCAUGAUUACUUACCAAAAGGACUACUGCGUCUUUCACAAUGGCUUUGGGUGUUGCCGCUUUCUGUAUUGACAAGAAAGGCAUCUUCCUUUGCAUUAGUUCUUAUUGUUUUGGCAGCAAAUUCAUGCAUACCUAUAAAUCAGAAGAUUAACUUUCAUCGAUAUGCAUGGGAUGUGCAUUAGAAAUCUCUCUCUCUCUCUCUCUCUCUCUCUCUCUCUCAACACCGGCGUAAAUCUGUAAUUAUCAGCACGUUUGCAUAACUCGCCAUUAUUUUGAUAUUACAACAAUUUGAUCCUAUUUAAAUUACCAUUAUAGUAAAUUUUCCGAAUGAAGACACAGCCUACUCAUACGCGAAAUUUUAUGAAUGAAAAAAAAGCAAUGAAUGAGUAACUACGCAUAUCAAAAAGAAGGGCCCUUGAUCGCUGAUUGGUCAGCCGCGUUACCUUGAUUUGCACCUGUUGCAGGUAGUCCCGCCUACUGGCGUUGCUUGGGCCGUUUUGGCGGAAGUCAACACAUGAUAACACUGAGCAGACAGUAUUUUGUUUUGGUGGUAGGUGGACUCAAAUUCAGUCGGUGAUGUUAAUUGACGACAGAAUGACCGUUUUGCUUUAUUACGUGGAUCGUUUAUUUUUUGUGUUGUCAGCCGGAUAGAGGAAGUUAGAAGUAGGAGAUUUUCUCUGUAAUUCAAAGGUUCCUAAAUGAAGAGUCGGGAUGCGCUCUUCGCCGCGAAGGGGUGCUGGUGACUGUCGUCUGCUUGUGAUUGGAAUUGUGAAACACGUGUUGGCGCUGUCUCUCAUUCUUUUUGUGAUGUGCAUAAGUCAUGCAGGUGUUGACGCGUUAAAGUGUACCCCGUGUAACCUAAGCGCGUGCCCUGACCCCCCUACUGACUGUCCCCGGGGCACGAUUCUGGAUGUGUGCGGAUGCUGCCAAGUGUGUGGUAAAGACAUCAAUGAAACAUGUGGGGGACCAUUUGAAAUCCUGGGUAAAUGUGGAGAUGGACUGGAGUGUGCCUUGACUUCCGAGGUCGGGGACCCGAUCACAGGCAGCGAAAAGGGGGUCUGCAGAGAAAUCAUUCCAAAGAAAUGUGAGAGAGUGAAAUGUGACAUUGCAAUUAAAAGGAAGUGUCCGUUGGACUCCACGCUUGUUCAGGUCUCAAGUCAAGACAGCUGCUGCAGAGUGAGCUAUAAAUGUGUGUGCAACAAAAACUACUGCAAGAAGACAUCUUGUGCUCCAGGAUUUGAGAGUGUGCUACAUCAGUCUGCAGAGGGUCAUCCAGGGUCAUGCUGUGACCAAUAUGUCUGCAAACCAUCAGAGAAAUGCCAAUCUGUAGUGUGUCCCUGGAUUCAGGACUUCCGGCCAGAUUGUCCAGCUGACAGUCACUUGUUGCCCAGUAUUCAAAGCAAAGAUGGUUGCUGUCUUCAGCCUCCAGGGUGUGAGUGUGAUAAGUGUUCCCCAGAGCUGUGUCCCAGUGGUCUCAGAGUCCAGGUCCUGGAGGAAGGAACAGGGACCCCUGGACAGUGCUGUAGCAAGUAUCGAUGUGUGAAUGAGACUGAUCUGAACUGCCAUGUAGACCUGACAGGGACUUUGGAGACUUACACUGAUGGUCAAAGCUGGAAGCCUGAUAAGUGUGUUAAGUGUACAUGUAAGAGAGGACUGACCUUCUGUAAACAGCAGUCCUGCCACAACAUCACCAUCUGUCCCUACAUGGAGAGUACAGAGGGAGAUUGCUGUCCAGUUUGUAAAGGUUGUAUGACAGGGUCUGGAGAUGUUGUACACAACAACAGUACUUGGCAGGAGAGCGACUGCACAGUCUGUACGUGUGUGAAUGGAAAGGCAGAGUGUAAGUCAAUGCUGUGUGAGACCAGGUGUUCAAAACCCAGGAAAGUUCCAGGCCAGUGCUGUCCUGUGUGUGAUGAGGAUGAUUCCUCACGGCAGUCCGAUCAGUGUCCAGAUCUUCAUCAGUGCUCCCUGGAUUGUCCCAAUGGCUUCCAGUUCAACAAGGACAGCUGCUACAUGUGCAAGUGCAAACCUGCCAAUUGUUAUCUAGACUGCUUGGAGGGGUACAAGAAGAACUCGGAUGGAGUUGAAGUCUGUGAGUGUGCUAAACCUCAUUCUAUCUGUCCAGUCAUGGAGGACUGUAAGAAGCAGUGCACUUACGGAUUAAAAGUGUCUCGCAAUGGCUGCCAGAAGUGUAGCUGUAACAAAUGUCCGGCAUUUUCCUGCAGCAAGAAGUGUGCACAUGAUUACAUGAAGAAUGAGCAAGGCUGUAAAUUAUGUAAAUGCAAAGGUAAGAGCAGACAUGAGAAUACUCCCUCUCUUUUCGAUGUGAAACACACAGAGAAGUCUUGUUUGUCAGUAGAUGGGCAGUACCACGAGAAUGGGGACUCCUGGCAUGAUGGCUGUCGACUCUGCUACUGUUACGGGGGACAGGAGAUGUGUGCCCUCAUAUCCUGCCCCCGACCCUCCUGUAGUACCCCGGUGUUCAGAUUGGGAGACUGCUGCCCCUCUUGUCCUGGAAAUGUAAUUUUACCCAAGUCCAAAGGCACCAGAGAGAUGUGCGAGUCAUUGGAUGGGCGUUACUUUGUGGAGGGCGAGUCGUGGCAUCUUGACAACUGUACCCAAUGCUUGUGCCACAAUGGAAGCAUUUUGUGCGAGACCCAUGCCUGUCCCCCACUGCUGUGUAGCUAUCCCACAAUCCUUCACAACGCCUGUUGUCCAGUUUGCCAAGGUCAAGAAGAGGACAAGUCUUUACAAAUCUCUAAUCUUCCAUCAAAACGGACCUGUCGGACAGACACUGGGUACACAUAUAAUGAUGGGGAUGUAUGGAAGUCCAAUCCCUGUCAAAGCUGUACAUGUAGCAGCGGACAGGUCCACUGUUUCUCCCAGGUCUGUCCUUCAGUCACCUGCUCCAAGUCAGUCCUACGCAAAGGCAGCUGUUGUCCAACCUGUUUAGAUUUCAGCCACCAGAAAAUUUGUACAGACAAUGGUAUAACAUAUGCUUUAGGAGAGCAAUGGCUAAAGAACAAUUGUACAAAAUGUUACUGUAUUGAUGGCAAAGUUACAUGUCUGGAACUUCCCUGCCCCACCAUGUCCUGUAAAUACAUGGUGAAUAUGCCAGGAGAGUGCUGUCCAGUUUGUGUCGAUGAAACAACAACAGUGGAAGUCCGGUCUCUAUCAGAACCUGAUCCUUCUGAUAUUGUGAAGGUUGAGGCAGAGAGAGGUCCAGAAGAGAGUGAUAGGGAUGCUACUACCAUCAUCAUCUGUGUGCUGGCAGCCAUGGUUAUCCUUCUUGUAAUCCUGUUUGUGCUAUAUUUUGUGUUUAAGUUUGCAAAACGGCGAUCAGAGAGCAAGAAAUAUUCCCCGAAAGGAGCAGACAUUGAAAACAUACAACCCGUGCAAGUAAAACUGUUAGGUUACGAGACCUCUGAAAAACCAGUGAAGAAUUCCCAGCAACGGUGGAAUGCUGAUUUGUUGCCAGUUCCGAAGUUAAGUGAUGAGGAAAAACAUGUCAAUUUGCUUAGUAAAGCAUUUGAUAAGACAAACUGUGUCAAGUUUGAUGAUGGAAUUUACUGAUAACGGGAGGAAAUCAAAAGCAGACAAAUUGUGAAAGUAUAAAGGACAUACACACUUGCAUAUCUGUUGUAUAAAAGAUUUUAUUCAUCAAAAUUUGUGAAUUGCUUGUAUUCCACUAUCAUUUUGUACUCUUUGGGUAGUGCUAUUUUGGGCAUAAUGGUUUUUUCUUGAUUUGGAAAAUUAGCGCAAAGUUUUCAUGGGUAUUAGAGGGUUAUAGGUUGCUUUCCUUGUGUGGAUUUAAAAAAAAAUGAAUUUAUGAAAUAAGAAAAUUGAUGACUUACAAGAUAGGUUCAAAUGUGCUCCACAUAAUGUAUAUAUUCAACACUGUAGUGUUCAGAUUUUUACUGUUCAUAAAUUGCAACUAGUAUAAUGUAGAUCCAUCAAAUCCAUUAAAUGUACUUGCAAAGCAAGACCUUUCAUCUAUUUAUUUUUGAUUUCGUUUUAUCCAUAUUUCAUUGUAUUGAAGAUAUGGAAAAUGUGCUAUUGUUGGGGUAUUCAUUACCGGUAGCUGAAUUUGACAUCUAGAUAGGAUUAUUGUGUGUGGAUAAAGAAAAAUUUCAUACAAUGAAUUAUGACAUAACUGCCAAGCAGUUUUCAUUUUCUUUUCACCAAUCACUUUCAUUUUUCAGUUUGCAUAAUGCUGUUUAUUUCACUGAGCUGCAUAAUGUUUUGUAUGGUAUCAUGUAGUUGAUAAUGAAAUGAUAUUUUUAUAUGAUAAAAUGUCACUUGUUUACAUUCAUAUUGUCGUGAUCAAUGAUGUUAUUUUUACUCACAGGAUUUUGUACUUCACUGAUGCAGUAUAUGGGCAUAUUUUUGAAUUUUUGUAAUUAUCAAAAUAUUUGCAUGUAUUAUUGAAGGGCAAAUUCAUAGGUUGUGACAUAUACAGGCAGUAUUGAAAAAAAUGUUGCAAAAUUAAGUAAAGGGGAUUUUUAAAAAAAUACGCCCCACGAUUUGUGUUGUUAGCUGUUUUUAGCUUCUUCUUUUUUCAAUAUUUGUACAAUGUUUUUUGGCACAUUAUAAUAAGUAAACUUUCAAACAAGUUGUGUAAAGCAUCCAUUUGUAUUAUUGUAAAUACUUUAUAAUAGAGAUGAUCUGAUAUGUCUUGUACAUGUUGUGCAUUGAUUUAUAAUGUAUUUAGUUGUUAGACAAGGAUAUCCCUUUUUCUAUUCAGUUAUUCAUGUAACAAGUGCUUCUAGCUAUCAUAAGGCUUUGAUCAAUGCAACAUUUUCACCAAAAAAAAUGUUAUUGUAAAUGAAAUAAACAUUUGUUGAUGGUAUAUUUGCUUGUUGUUAUAUAAUGUUGUCAUAAAACAUUGAAUCCAAAAUAUAAUUACAAGAAAUUUGGAAAUGUUCAUGUGCAUUGUGAUAAAAACAUUCUUUUUCUAAAAUUCAUUUGUAUACUGUUGUAAUUUGUUUUGUCAAAUAUGAAAUAAAAAUUAAAAUACAAUUAU